UUACCACUUACUACACUUUCAAGUAUUCUAGGAGUUAUCAAAAAACCAAAAGAAUGCAAAGGUGUAGCCUCCUAUCCUAGCCUUGUUGGAAAAUAGUCUUCACUCUUUCUUAACUGUUCUUUUACCCCUCCAUCACUCUCUAUCACACCCCCAUCUCUCUCUUCUCUCUCAAUAAAAAGACUCUAGAUCGAUCAAGAUCCAAUCUAGUUUAGUCAUGAAUUCAUUUGAAGAAUUCAACUCAUCAUCAUCAACAAAAAAUAUCAUCAACUUCACCAACACAACAACCUCAGAAGACAACAAAAACAUCUCAAAUUUCACAUCUUCUAGUUCUUCAGCAGUACCACCAGCAACAAACACAAACACUCUAAGUCGCUAUGAGAAUCAAAAAAGAAGAGACUGGAACACUUUUGGUCAAUACCUAAGAAACCAUAGACCACCACUUUCACUCUCACGUUGUAGUGGAGCACAUGUUCUUGAAUUUUUAAGGUAUCUUGAUCAGUUUGGGAAAACUAAGGUUCAUUCACAGAUUUGUCCAUUUUUUGGUCAUCCAAACCCACCUGCACCUUGUCCUUGUCCUCUACGACAAGCUUGGGGAAGUCUUGAUGCAUUGAUUGGAAGACUAAGAGCUGCUUUUGAAGAAAAUGGUGGGAAACCUGAAGAUAACCCUUUUGGUGCUCGUGCUGUUAGACUCUUUCUUCGUGAAGUUAGGGAUUCUCAAUCGAAAGCUAGAGGUAUCAGCUAUGAGAAAAAGAAGCGUAAAAGACCUCAAAUUCAACCUCCACCACCACCAUCAAAUGCAACUAAUUAAGUACUAAGCAAUGUUGUGUGCAGAAGUUGUGAUUUGAUACUGAGUGACUGCACUAUUGGGAAGGAUACCCUUUGGAAUUGGAUUAACCUAAACAGAAGAAGCAUGUACUCUUGGUUGAAGCAUGAAGCAAUGGUUGAGUGUUAUUUUAGGCAUUAGAAAUGUCACUGAAAUGGCUCUAUGACACUGCUAAACUUGUAAUAAAAUGUUUCCAUCUUAAUUAAGAUGUUACAUGAUGAAAAUAAUAUAUGGAUUUCAAUAUUAUGUUUUCAUGUGUUCCCUGCUGGAUCAUGAGGUAGGUAAUGUGGUAAUGUGGUUUCUUCCUUCA